UCAUCAGGGAGAGUCUGACUCGGCCUGCCUGUCUGCUCGCCUGGCCACUGUCACCUCCUAAUAGCCUUCAGCUGGAGAGAAGUAGGAUGAAGAGAGGAUAGAAAGGGAGAGGGGGAGAGCGAGGAGGGGGCGGGUGAAAGGAGAGCUGUGAUCCAGACAGCGAAUCACAUGAGCCGAGAUCUGUUUACAAACUGAGCAGGAGAGAAGUCAUCGGCACCAUUACGUGGAGGCAGGGCUGCUGGACAAGGCGACAGGAAACGCACAGGAAUCUCAUCACUUUGUCUGGAAAAUGCAAUUUAUCCUUUGUGUCUUUGCAGCGGAGAAGCCAGACCAGAUGGUGUGAGGAAGACACAGCUUUGAAUGGGCUGCAUUCACAAGCUCUCGCUCUGACGGCUGUGUGCCACCGCUCUUCCUCUUCCUUUGUUACCGGGGAAAACAGUUGAUUGUAGCGUGAGGGUGAUAAUCUAGGGCGAGAAGACUAGAGGAAAGUGGCUGACGGCAAGAAGGGAGAGGUAAAAAAAUGAAAAAAAGCCAGUGACAACAACUUCACGUCAAGCAGAGGUAGAUGGUGAUCCAUUGUCGAUGUCAAAGACACAUUGCAAAUCUUUCAGAAUCUAUGCUGCCGCUUGUUUUGGAUCAUGAUGCUGGAAAAAAAGAGCACAUGGUGUUCUUUUAACUUGCCUGUGGUUGAACAAAACAUUUUAGAUACCAAGAAGUAGGUGUUGAUAUUUGUUCCCGUGUUGACACAGGUUUCAACAAUGACUGACUUGGCUUUGUAAAUGUUUCAACACAAAGAAAACAAAAUCACCCUGCCUUCCUCCAUACGCCAGUGAGGAGCUGGUGGGUGAUCGUAAUGUGUUAACCAGAGGCGCUGAAUAUUGAAAGCUGUGUUUUUGUGGUAGGAGUUUUGGGUGUGUAAAACUUGUAUUAUUCAUCUGGUUUUGAGUAAGGGGAUUGGCCCACUCCUUUGGCCGGGUUUCAACACUGUCUCCUUGGACACAAGUUACUGGAUCGUUUGGUAUAGCGGAGCAAGCACCUAUCCAGUGGUGUAACGCAUGCCUAUGUGACUCAGAUUAACAGAUUACAGACAAGUUCUGCAAAAUGACCACAGACAUCACCGGUCGUCUUCCACUCAAUGUCUAUGUCAUCAUUCUUGGGAUUGGCCUCUUCAUCUUCAUGUUGAGCAUGAUCUUCUGUUGCUACCUGUUCAGAUUGAGGCGACAGGGCACACAAGAACAAUACGGAUAUAAUGAGGUCAUUCUAAAAGGUCCAGGGAAAAAAUUGAGUCUUCUUGGACAGACCUGUGCAGUUUGCCUGGAAGAGUUUCGGAGCCGGGAUGAACUAGGGGUUUGCCCAUGUUCUCAUGCGUUUCACAAAAAGUGUCUGGUGAAGUGGCUGGAAAUUCGCAGCGUCUGCCCCAUGUGCAACAAGCCCAUCUGCAGGCUCCAGCCAGAUCCUCCGCAGGGGGCCGAGGGACCCCAGAACCCCCUGGAGGUGUGACAGAAGAGGGACUUCGCUGCUCAGAGAUAGGCUGGCUCUCAUACACCUAAGAACAGCUUUAAAAAACACCACACUACUGGGGCGGGCGGGCGGGCGGGCGGACUAGUCCCAAAUACACAACAAUUGCCCCUGUCCACCAAUCACCAGAUUUCUCCUGCAUAUAUGGGGGGAGGGAGGGGAAGGGGGAUUUUCCCAGUGCAACUGAACUGAUGUGUAUUCUUGGCCAUAAUGUAGCUUGCAGCAAGAUAAAUUGAUGCCUUGUGGACUCCAAACAGACAAAUAUUCAGACCAGGACAGUUGCACAAAUCAUGAGGUCUGAGUUGACACUGGGGAAUAUGUGUGAAUUUACAGAAGUCCUCCUCUAAGAGAGACUGUGGUCACUAUUACUACCAUAAAGAGUCAUGUUUAGGAAGGCCCAGUUACAGAAUCCAAAGUGAGGAGCAGCUCAGUGACCUGAGUCCUGACCUUAAGGAUCAGUGAGCUCAUCGGAUUAUACUCUUGCCAAUAUUUUAACGUUUGACACUCAUAAAUGUGUUUGUUUAGAGUCACGGAAGUGUUCUGAGUGCUAAAGGGAGCUCAUGGUCUUGAUGAGAACCCACGCUGUAAUUCAGAAGCUUCAGAGUCAGAUUGGAUGAAAUUUGGCCUAAUUUGAGUUAAGGUGGAUGUUUUGUACUGUACAUUUCUCUCAAUAAAAUGUAAAGUUUCUGUG